CCCGCAUCCUCUCCUUCCAGCUUUCUUGUCCGUGACUACAAGACACAACGACCUUUUCUUUGACGACGACUCUAGUUGUGACGUACUCGUUGUUAAUACUACCACUGCCAAUAACGAUAACAACCACAACAACAACCAACAACAACUGCGCUUCUACCACUGUAUGCGCUUUACAUCCAGGAGCUAGCUAGCUACCCUUCUCCAGCAACAUCUUCGCACAAACACACACUUACACAACCAUCAUCACAAAUGGCUUCCACUGUGACACCCGAGGUUCGCUGGGCCCAGCGCUCUUCUGCUACCGACCCCGAGAGCAACUUCAUCUACCUCACCAUUAGCGUUCCCGACGUCCCUACUUCCAACCUCAAGCUCGACCUUAAGCCCACUGGUCUCGUCUUCACCGGCCACUCCGACACCCUCAAGAAGACCUACCAUGUCGAGCUCGAGUUCUACGCCGAGAUUGACCCUGCUGCGAGCCAGGUCAACCACACGGCCCGUGAUGUCGAGAUGAAGCUCCGCAAGAAGGAGCUUGAUGCUCAUUACUGGCCCCGUCUCCUCAAGGAGCCCAAGAAGGUUCACUUCCUCAAGACCGACUUCGACAAGUGGGUUGAUGAGGACGAGCAGCACGAGGCCGCUGAGGAUGACUUCAGCAACUUUGGCGGUAUGGGAGGAAUGCCUGGUAUGGGUGGUAUGGGUGAUAUGGGUGGCAUGGGUGGUAUGGGUGGUGACUUCGGCGGUAUCGACUUCUCCAAGCUGGGCGGUGCUGGUUUGCCCGGCGGCGACGAUGAGGAAGACUCCGACGAUGACAUGCCUCCUCUCGAGGGCGAGGGCGAGGCUGAUAAGGCCGAGGAGGCAAAGGAUGCCAAGGAGACUGUCGACACGUCAAAGGAGGCUGCGUAAAUACUCAUAAAGUAAUAGGCAUACCCAAGAUCCAUGGUAAUGGGCUUUAAUGUUUAGAACUGGGCAUUGGGAAUAACGACAGGAUUUACUUACACAUACCCUCCCAUUCCCCAAUGCUUCGGGGGUGGAAUAUUGACGAUGGAUGAUUAGCUGGAACGGUUUUUAUGGAGUCCUUUGAUUUCGGUAUCUAGCAGGAUCUUGCAGCGAAUGGAAUCAUGCUCAUUUUUGUCUAGG